AUGCCUGUCGUUCCGGACGAGGAGGAGAGGUUAUGCGGAGCUUCAGAACCAGAUAGCAACGACAAAAUAGAGCCCGAUUUCCCGCCGUCUACGCUCUCUCUCGCCGCUCGUGCAUGGAAACUCGCCCGCACGGGGCUACUCACGCUUCUUCUGACAGCAGCAAUCGGAUUUAUCCUGAUCGCCAUCAAUCAUACGAUCCCACCGCGCUUCGACUGCCUCUCGCUCGUCCGUUCAGACCAAACAGUCGUCGUUGCUUCUCCCACGGACUCCGCACUGGCAGCGCCGGCUGCGACGGUUUCCGAAACUGCUCGCCAGUCGAUGUCGCGGCGAGAACAUCUGAGUUUCGAAGAAAUUCUUCGUGAUCCGCUGAAUCCUGCCCUUCAAGCGGCGAUUGGGGAGCAAGGAUCCCUUCAGGAUGAAAUUACGCCAACUCACGUGGUCGACCGAGGGAUAACGCGACCGCGUAUGGAUCGCAAGCCAGGAAAGGCCGGCCGAGGAAGCUCGGGUUCCAAGCUGACGACGCGGCAAGUUGAGUUGACGACUCUGGAGUCAAGUCAGAAUAAGACUCUAGAUUCAGGAGAGGAUCGUCUAGAGUUCACCUUUCCACAGGGAAUUCCGGGUUCCGCGCUGCUGAAUCGAGAAGCCGUUAGAGCCUUCCGCUCGCGGCUCCGCUGUCUGACGACUAGAGGCCGCUGGCGGUACGACGCGACGCCACGUGUCCUGCCGUGGGCGCUGCCGAGCCGGUGGGACGGCGGGUGGCAGUGCGACGAGGGGCACGUGGCGCAAGGCGGGGGAAGGGUGGCUUUCGACGAGGCGGACGGAAUCGCCCUGGCGCACGGCAUAGCCGCGCUGGCGGACGGAAAUCCCGCGGAGGCAGAACGACGGGCGCUAGAGCAAAGCGGGACUGGGAUUACUCAGGAUCAGGCGGGCAGAAGCGGGUAUCCGGGCCGGUGGAGAGUACGGGAGAGUCUGAAAUACCGUUGGAACGUUAACAGCAAGUGUGGGCCCUGGCGCGAGUUCGAUAGCAGCGAGCUGGUGAGGAAACUGGCGGGUCGACGGCUGCUGAUCGUGGGCGACUCGCUCAAUGGCAUGCUGUUCGCUGCUCUGCGCAACGCACUGUUCAUGGGUUUCAACCGCACGCCCGGCCAGAAACGACGAAAGCUGCCGCCCAACUGCGCUCCUACGGACAGCCUGCCUGCGUUCUGUGGGCAGUGGGGGAGGGAGAUAACGUCACGUGCGCACCACGCGCUGUGCGUGGAGGACACGUGCGCGGAUGCCAGCGUGGCGUUCGUGAGGAGUGACGCGCUGGACCCCUCGCCGAACCUCACCUUGGCUUGGCCGAAGCUGAUUGGCUUUCCAUGGCUGCAUCUGCUGAACGGGCGCAGCAGUGGCCGGGGAACCAGAGAUGUGGAACAGGGCGAAGACGCUUCUACGGAACGACAAGUUGCUGCAAUUGUACUGAAUCGCGGAGCACACUAUACAGAGGACGAGCAGUUGGUAUUAGAGCUGAACGCCACCCUCUCUGCCAUCCGUGCCGUCGCCCCCAACGUCCUCCUCAUCUACCGCAACACACCUCCCGGCCACGCCCACUGCAAGCGCCGCUCAAAGCCCUUUAAAUACAGACAAGACGCCGCCCAGCUGCCGUACCACUGGGGGGACUUUGGGCGGCAGAACGAGCUGGCGAGGCGGGUUGUGGAGCGGUAUGGGGGUGUGUACUGGGAUCUGGAUACAUCCACAGGGUUGAGACCAGAUGGGCAUGUGAUGCUCAAGGAUGGGAGGGUGGAUUGCUUGCACUACUGCCUGCCAGGCCCGGCUGACACAUGGGUGCGCAUGCUGUUCAACAUGCUCAUGGACCUGCUGUGA